AUGAACUUCACCGAUACAUUCCAAUGUAAGGCAAGUCUCGCUCGCACAUGCAGUCCCCUCUAUAGUACCCUCAUCAACGAGGUCUACAAGCAAGCCUCCAAGUCCAAGUCCCUCGCCCGCGCACACAUCUACGAAGCCUGUCGCGACGGCAACAUCCUCGCCCUCGAACGAAGCUUCCAAGCCGAAACCCAAGGCAUCUACGAUUCCGUACAAGAGCGCUUUAACAGACCUCUGUAUACCGCUAUCAAGUUCUACCAGGUCGGCGUUGUGCAGUGGCUUCUCGAGCGCGGCGCAGAUCCGAACUUUGCAAAUGAUCACGAUGUCAGUAUGCCCGUACUUUUUGACUCACCUCUGCAGAUGGCUGUUCAGUCGGUGAUGAUGCCGGGUAUUCCUCAGUGGCGCGUCCCUAAGGAGUGGAAUGAGCAGGGUUUCGUGGUGCCGCAUCUUGACUACUGGCGAUGGGCAGGAAGGGCGAUAAUUAGACUACUUCGUGAUGCCGACACUGAUGAGAGAUCUCUUGUUCUGUAG